AUGUAUCCAUCAUCUUCGUCCGCCACCGAUUUUUGGAUAUUCAUCGUCACGCCGUGUUUGGUCGCGGUGACGAUCACUUAUUAUUUUUGCAUUUCAACGUUCAAUAAAUGGGAAAAACUCAACGUGCCCUACAUCAAGCCGAUUCCGUUGUUCGGAAACUUUUUGAAAGUAGCUUUGGCGAAAGACCACCCGUUGGAGUUUUACGAUAAAAUCUAUUACAAGUUUUCCGGUCUGAAAUACGGAGGAUUGUUCCAGAUGAGGACACCGUAUUUGAUGGUCCGUGAUCCAGAAAUAAUCAACGACAUGCUAAUAAAAGACUUCUCGUCUUUCCCCGACCGCGGUAUUUACUCGGACUUAACGGCGAAUCCACUGUCGGACAACUUGUUCUUCAUGGAAAAUCCUCGAUGGAAAACAAUAAGAAGCAAAUUGAGCCCCGCAUUCACAUCGGGAAAACUCAAGAUUAUGUAUGACCAGAUCAAAGAGUGCGGUGAUAAAUUGAUGAAAAACAUCGAUGACGAUUUACUGGGAAAAAACGAUGAAAUAGAAGUAAGAGACAUCAUGGGAAAGUAUUCGACCGACGUUAUUGGCACUUGUGCCUUUGGGCUCAAGUUAAACUCUAUAAGCGAUGAUGAGUCUCCAUUUCGUAAGUACGGAAAAUCGAUAUUCAUACCUUCACUAAGGACCCUUUUCAGAGAAUUGUGCUUGAUGGUCAGCCCCGCUCUUUUGAAAGUUGUAAGAGUGAAGGAUUUCCCAACAGACGCGACUGCCUUUUUUAACGGGGCGUUUAAAGAAACGAUAACUUAUAGACUUGAAAAUAAAAUAGUCAGAAAUGACUUUGUUAAUUGUUUGAUGCAAGCAAGAAAUGAUUUGACUUUGAAUCCAAAUUUACCAAAACAUGAACGAUUUUCAGAAACACAAAUUGUAGCAAAUGCUUUUGUAAUGUUUGCUGCUGGGUUUGAAACAACGUCAACCACUUUAAGUUAUUGCUUAUAUGAAUUGGCAUUGAAUAUACAUAUCCAAGACAAAGUACGACAAGAGAUUCAGUUAAAUUUAUCCAAAAAUGAUGGACAAAUUGACAACGAGUUUUUGAUGGGUCUUAAUUACUUGGAUAUGGUUAUUGCGGAAACGCUCCGUAAGUAUCCUCCUUUAAUUGCUUUGUUCAGAAAAGCAUCACAAAAAUAUUGUUUACCUGACAACCUAAUACUGGAAAAAGGCCAAAAAGUUGUAAUUCCAAUUUAUUCGAUGCAUUACGAUAGUAAAUAUUUUGAGGAUCCUCAAAAAUUCAAUCCCGAAAGAUUUACACUUGAGGAAAGAGCUAAACGUCCUAGUUGUGUUUAUCUUCCGUUUGGUGGUGGACCUAGAACUUGUAUAGGAAAACGUUUUGCUGAACUGGAAAUGAAAUUGGCAUUAGUCGAAAUGUUAACCAAAUUUGAAGUUUUACCAUGUGAAAAAACAGAAGUUCCUCUGAAAUAUUCUAAUAAAGUUUUAACGUUGAUGCCGAAACAUGGAAUUUGGUUAAGAUUUCAAAAAAUUGAUUAA